AUGUCGCGGCAGAUACCGCGCGCCGGCCCCAGCGGCCGAUCGCAGAUCAUUUCCGGGAACACGAGAGCAUCCGGUUUGAGACCGCCGAGUGCGUCCGGUUUGAGACCGCCGACGGCCGGCGGAGGACCGCGCGCCACCUCUUCGAUUCUGAGCAUAGCGAACAAGGGCGCGGCGAAGAAGCCGAAAGCUUGUAAGGAUCGGAAGAAGGAUGAGGAGGAGGCGGCGGCGGCUGCCGCGGCGGCAGCGCCCGAACCCGAACCCGAAGUCAAGUUACCCGCGUUCAGUAUGCAAGUUAAAUCGAAGAAGACGCAGAAGAAAGAGGAGAGGAUCAAGGAGACGGGAAAGAAGAAGAUGAUGCGAAGGAACAAACCGGCUGGUGAGGAUCUGAAUCAGAUGAAGGAAAUUAUGAAGAGCAUGAAGGGACAGAAUGUAUCGGUGCAGGAGUUCAUCGGGUUGAUUUCACCAUCGACCGGAGAUAAUGGGCAGCUUCUUCGUGACGUGCUGAACGAUGAGAUGAACACGUUCAGGAACACCUCGAGGAAGAUAUACGAGACGAUGUCGCAAGAUGUGAGCGACGUGCUCACGAAUCAGCACAUCCAGCUGACGGAGCACAGCCACGAGAUGUACAACGUCUAUUCGGACAAGAUGAUGAGAGCGAUCAACGAGAUAAAUCAGUGGUGCCCUGACUUUGAUUUCGACAAGUACUACACGCAGGUCGGAUACCUGGAUUUGAAAUUCCCGUUGGCGCAAGGACUGGAGAUGGACGAGGAUCAGCAGCAAGCGCUGCUCCGGCAGGAGGCUUACCACAGAUACCAGUGGCUGAAGACGGAAGGCGAGAGGAUGAAGGAGGAGAACAGCAGGUUGCAGGACAGGAUGAAGCAGCUGAAGAGGCAGCAACGCGAGGAGAUGAAGAUGGCCUCGAUCAGGGAACAGCAGGCCGAGGACGAAAGGAAGAAGCUGGAGCAGCAGCAGGAGCAGCUAGAGGAUAAAUUGGAGGAGUUGAAUGAAUCCGUGGAGAAGAUUAUAGUGGAGAAGGAGGUGGCCGCUGCCGAAGAGGUGACGCUUCAGAAGAAGAAAUCCAAGUCGGCGAAGUUGCCGAAGCCACGCGGUGAGCAACCGAAGGACGAUUGGGCUGUGAGAACUGCCGCCGAUAUGGAGUCGACCAAGGAGACGACCUCCCUGAAGAUGGAAACGAGCAAGGUUUCGCUGAAAUCGAAGGCCUCGCGCAGCAGGGUCGGCAUCAAGAAGAAGAAGGUUCGAGCGCCGCCGCCGCAGCAGGAAGGAUCGCCGUUCCAUUAUUCUCCGCCGAAGUCGCCGCAGGCUGGUGGAAGUCGUCAGCAGCCGGCCUCGCCGUUCCACUACUCUCCGGUCAAGUCGCCUCCGGCAUCUAGGGGUGGUCAGCAGCAGCAGCCUGCUUCGCCUUUCCAUUACUCUCCGCCGAGGUCUCCGCCACAGCAGCAACAGCAGAUGCAGGAUGAGGCAAGGGCCAUGUCCCCUGUAAGGACGACCAUGCAGACGACGACGACAGUAGAGAAUCCGCAGUCGUCGCAUCGAGGAAGAGCUCCGCGCGACAGCUGGGGCGGAUUCUACUGAUCCGCAGCAGGAAACGU